CCUACCCACCCAGGCCCUUGGCAGUGCCAGCUGGGCUCUGGGUGUGACCCCAGCCCCUCUUCUCUGUCUUCCCUAGGUCAGCCCGGGGGCCCGCCAUGCUGGUGCCGGCCUACCUCGCCUUCGCCCUGCUCCUGGCUGCCUGCCUGGGGCUGGAGCUGUCGGGAUGCAGGGCCAAACCUAUGAGCAGGGCCUGCUGUAACCCUUCUUUCCUUAGAUUUCAACUUGACUUCUACCAGGUCUACUUCCUGGCCCUGGCAGCAGACUGGCUGCAGGCUCCGUACCUCUAUAAGCUCUACCAGCAUUAUCACUUCUUGGAGGGCCAGAUUGCCAUCCUUUAUGUCUGUGGCCUGGCCUCCACUGUUCUCUUUGGCCUUGUGGCCUCCUCCCUGGUGGACUGGCUGGGCAGAAAGAAAUCCUGUGUCCUCUUCUCCCUCACUUACUCCCUUUGCUGCAUGACCAAGCUCUCCCAGGACUACUUCAUACUCCUUGUGGGCCGGGCUCUAGGUGGGCUGUCCACAGCCCUGCUCUUUUCAGCUUUUGAGUCGUGGUAUAUCCAUGAACAUGUUGCACGUCAUGAUUUCCCACCCGAGUGGAUCCCUGCCACCUUUGCCCGGGCUGCUUUUUGGAACCAUGUACUGGCCGUAGCAGCUGGUGUAGCAGCUGAGAUUGUAGCCAGCUGGCUAGGGCUUGGACCUGUGGCUCCUUUUGUGGCUGCCAUCCCUCUCCUAGCUCUGGCUGGCAUCUUGGCCCUGUGUAACUGGGGAGAAAAUUAUGACCGGCAGCGAGCAUUCUUGAGGACCUGCGGAGGGGGUCUUCGUUGCCUUCUAUCAGACCGACGGGUGCUGCUGCUUGGUACCAUUCAAGCUCUAUUUGAAAGUGUUGUGUUCAUCUUUAUCUUCCUCUGGACACCUGUUCUAGAUCCCCAUGGAGCACCACUAGGUAUCGUCUUCUCCAGUUUUAUGGCAGCCAGCCUGUUGGGCUCUUCCCUGUAUCGAAUAGCAACCUCCAAGAGGUACCACCUUCAACCCAUGCACUUGUUAUCUCUUGCUGUCCUCAUCGUUGUUUUUUCCCUCUUCAUGUUGACUUUCUCCACUAGUCCAGGCCAGGAGAGCCCAGUGGAGUCAUUUGUUGCCUUCCUGCUCAUAGAGCUGGCCUGUGGUUUGUACUUUCCCAGUAUGAGCUUCCUACGAAGAAAAGUAAUCCCUGAGAUGGAACAGGCUGGAGUGCUUAACUGGUUCCGAGUCCCCUUGCACCUGCUAGCCUGCUUGGGACUCCUUGUUCUCCAUGACAGUGAUCGAAAAACAGGUACUCGGAACAUGUUUAGCAUCUGCUCAGCUGUCAUGGUCAUGGCUCUACUUGCUGUAGUGGGGCUCUUCACUGUUGUGAGACAUGAUGCUGAGUUGAGGGUGCCACCACCUGCUGGGGAGCCCUAUGCCCCAGAACUCUGACCUAGACCUAGGACAGCCUGAACUCUUGAAUCCCACCCCCAGUGGGUGUACAUAUCUCCCUUUCCCCCCUGGAUUGCCAUCUUUUCCUCCACACUGGUUGACUUGGGACUACGUUCCCUGCCAUUUGCUCUGGGCAGAGGGGAAGAAAGGGAUGAAAUGGACUUGAAAAGAGGUGGCUGAAGAGGGCCUCUGUGUUACUUCUCAUCAAGACAAAAAACCCGUUUUAAAAUAAA